AUGCAUUAUUUUACGAAGAAUAAAGAAAGUUCUGAAAACAAAAGAUCUGAUUUCAUAACAAAUAGUAAGAUUAUAAAAAAAAAUGAACAAAGGAUAAAUGAAAAUGUUUUUAAUGAAGGAAAUAAAUUAGAAAAUGGAUAUCAAAACGGUAUGUCUAAAGAGAAUACAAAUUAUAAAAAUGGAUUAGAUGAUAGUAAAAAUUCUUUUUUAAAUUCUAGUUAUAAAAGUGGAAUGGGAAAUUAUUUGAAUAAUAGUACAAACAAAGAUGUAAGCACAAUAAAUGAUAAUAAUUAUGUUACGAACAAUAAUGAGGUAAAUCAAAAUAAUAAUAAACUUAAUAAAAAAAAUAAUGAUUUGGGUAAUUUUACUAGUGUCUAUGAAAGUUUCUCGAACGAAGUUCCCAAAGAUGUAUAUAAUUUACAAAAUGAAAGAAGAAAAAAUAUGUCAAAGAAUAAUUACCAAUAUAAAAAUUCCAAAGAAAGUGAACUUAAGCACGGAACCAGUAAUAGUAACAAUAAUAAUGGGGAAAAUGGGGGAGAAAAAAAACAAAUAUUUUCCAGAGACAACAGUAAGGCAGAAAAUAUAAAUCCUGGAAUCCUAAAUUAUAAAAGUAUAAAUGUAAAAAACGAAUUCAUGUCGUUUAUAAAUAGUAUAAAAAAUUACAAUGAUGAAAAUGAUUCAUAUAAAAAAAAUUAUUUAGAAAAAGAAAACCAAAUACAAAAUAAAUUAUCAAAUGACAAUGGGAAAAUAAAAGAAGAAAAAUUAUUUGAUAGUAAUAAUUAUAUGGCUAAUAAAAACAUGGAUGAAGUUUAUAAUAAUUCUGAUAAUAUUAAAAAUCCAAAUAUUAGUGAAUCUAAUAAAAAUAAUUAUGAACCAAAGAACAAUGUAAAUAUACAAUCUGAAUAUAAAACAUUUGAUCAGUUUUUUGAUUCCGGUUAUGAACAAAAUUAUGGCACUAAAAAAAAUACUACUAAUUUAAAAAAAAAUAAUAGUACCAUACAAUCAAAUUCAAAGGUAGAUAAAAAUGCACACAAUCCUAUAAUUGAACAAAAUGAUAUACAUAGCAAACAAACAUUAUCGAAAAAUCAAAUCAACUAUAAUAAUAACGAACAAAAUAUUGAUUAUAAUGUGGGGCAUAAUAAUGAAAUAUAUAAUAGUCGUCAAAGUGAUAACAUGCAUUAUAAUGAAGAAUUAGCUAUCGAAAAAAGGGAAAGAAAUGGACAGUUAGGUCAAUCUAAUAAUCAUUAUAAUAAUGGAGAAGAAGCUAAUAGUGAAUUUAUAAAUAGUACAGAUGACCGAGAGAUUCAAAAAAAGGGUGUGCACAAUAUUAGCAACAGUAGUAGUAAUAAUAAAGCUGAUAAUUCUUUAUCACAUUCCAAUAUGUCUAUGAAUAGCUAUGACAAACUUAAUGGGGAAUAUUUCGAAAAUAUGACGGGUUCAGUGAGACAAAAAAACAGUUCUAUAAAAGAUGAAAAUAAUUCCAUUGAUUUAGUAGAUAAUGAACAAUCGAUGAACCAAAUGAUGGAAUCAAAUAACCACCCGAUGCAAAUAGCUAAUCAUAAAAUAAAAACGAAUCCAUAUUAUGAAAGAAAUACCGUGAAAUUUGAAGACUCAAACACUACAAUGAGGCAAUCGAUUAAAUCUUCAUAUGGAAAAGAAGAACAAACAGAAAAUUAUUAUGUUGAUAAAAGAGAUAGAACAAUGUCAAAUAAUUUUCUACAUCAAUCUAGAAAUAAUGAUGAUAAAAUAAAAAAAAAUGAUACGUAUGGACAAAAUAAUAAAGGGUAUAUGAAUAAAACAGCAUUUGAAAAUCAAAAAAGUAAUACAGAAAAAUACAAUAAUCAUAAAAAUAGUAUUUUAAAAAAUGACACUAUAAAGUUACACCAAAGCCAAGAAAUAGCAUUAAAAGGUGGUUAUUCAGAUUAUGGAAAUACUGUUGAUAUAUUAAGAAGUCGAAAAAUAACAACUAACCAAAAUAUAAUGGAUUCACGAAGUAACUUACUAGAUUCUAAUAUUAUUGUUAUGGAGAAAAAUAAUAGCUAUAGAGAAUUUAAAAAUGGAAUUAAAGAUUCAGCAGACGAAUUAUUAACUAAAUCUAAAGAUGAUUACGAAAAAUUAGAUGAUAGUAUAUCCAGAACAAAUAAUACACAAAUAAACUCUAAAUAUAUAGAAAGACAAAUCAAAUCAAAACAUAUUUUAGGGGAUUCAGAGAGUUUAAGGGGAGGAAAAAAUGUAGAGAGACAUAUGAGCAAAAAUUUGAUAACAAAUAUGAAUAUGAACGAAGACAAUAGAAGAGGAAGCUACUCGAAACGAUCAGAAUUUUCUAUAGAAGAUUCAAGAGAAAGUUUAACAGAAUAUGAUUUAAAAUCUUCAAUAAAUAAUUAUGACAUAGAAAAAAGUGAUCAAUCUGAUUCAGUUAAUGAAUAUAUGAAUAAAAAUAAAAAAAUUGAAUCAAAACGUUUUUAUGAAAAUAAAAAAGAGUAUUUACAUAGAAGUGAAAAUAUUAAUAGAAAGAAAAUUCCCAUAGAAUAUAAAAAGUUCAAUACAUAUGUAAAUGAUAUAGAUAAAAAUGCCGAUAUCAAUUUAUUACGUGAAUUUCAAAAAAGUAUAAAAAAUAAAAAAUGGAUAAUAGAUGACUCCUCAGAAAAUAAUCAAAAUUAUUAUAUGGGAGGACAAGACAUGCAAAAUGAUGAUAACAAUCAAAAAAUAAAUAAUAAUUAUAACAGAAUAAGCCACAAUAAUAGCGAUUCUUAUAAUGAUCAAAAAAAUAUGAAUAAUACUAGCCAUAAUAGGGAUACAGAAUAUGAUCAAAAUACAAACCUCCCUCACAUAAAUUAUUCUAUUACAAAUGACGAUUCAAAUGGUCUUAUGGAUAUAUCUAGAAUAAGCUUAACAAAUGGAAUUAAUGUGAAUGAUAAAUCUGAUAAUGAAUUAGAAAAUAGUUAUAUAAAUUUUUCAGAAAAUGUUCAUAAUAUUAAUUGCGAAUUAGAGGUUUCUCUAAAUCAGCAAGUUAAUAAAUAUUCUAAUUCAUUAAAUGAGUUUUCUACAUCUAUAAAUGAUUCCCAAACUGAUAGGAAUAUUUCUAAUAAUUUUGAUCUUACUGCAUCUAAUAUAUCAAGACAUAUUAUUGAUAUAGAUAAUAAGCUAUCACCCAAAAGCAAUUAUAAUUAUAUUACUAAAUUAUCAGCGAAUAGAAAUUUUGAUAAUACCGAUUUACAAAUUUCGUACAUAGAAAAUGAAAUACAAAACAAGAUAAAGGAAUUUGAUAUUUUUCUGGGCCAACAUUUUGAGAGAAAAUGUAAUCACGUUCUUAACAGAAUUGAAAAGUUACUUUCCUGUGAUUUUUUUAGUAAUAACUGA